UUUGUCGACCCGAAUGACUGGAACCAACAAAAGGCCAGUAGCUGAAACCCAUUUACGCUUCACAUCCAUAAAAACACGAUGUUCUCAAAUAUCUUCCUUUGUAAGUCUUUAUCUGCGGUUGUUUGUUUUUGUUCCUGGUCGCGCAGACAAAGAGAGCGAGAGAGCGGUUUUGCAUCGACUUUGACUGUGGUACAAUGGGAGCUUUAUGCAAUCAGGGAACACUAACUAGCCUUUUUUUUUUUCUUUUGGUGUGAUAAAAUUCUUUCUACCACACUGGGAAGUUUUCCUAGCCGCCAGGAUACACGCUCACACACGCAGUAUCUCGGAGUUCUGGGAUCUCGUUGUGGGAAAAAGGUUUUUUUUUUUUUGGGUGAGGAAAGUUGAGGGGGUGAGUGGGAGUGUUCUAAAGGUGGAGCUGCAGGGACAGGCAGGACAUGAGCAGCUGCAAUCUCCUCAGUCUACCCUGUGGAAUGUUUGGACAAUGGAGGACUUUCAGUGCAGGAGGACUUUGCUAUGAGAACUUUUUUUUUUUUUUAAAACUCUUAAUCACUUGAAUUUGUAAGAGAGAUUUAAGAGUAGCGAGAAAAAGAUGGCCGGGAUUACCAGGAAGGGAUCCGGGAGACGGUCGUACUACUACAGAUUCCUGGGCAAGUCUCGGCUGCAGCGGCAGCGCAGUCGCUCUCGCAGUCGAACCCGGCCGGCUGCGAGGAAGGAGUCUCCUCCAGAGAGGUCCGGGCGCCGACGCAGCAUGCCCGGCAGCCCGACGGACAAAAACCCGCCCACCAUGGAGGCCGCGUCGGCCUCUGCCGCCGCCGCCACCACGCCAUUCAGAGUCACCGUGAGUACUGGCUUCUUGAGUCGGCGGCUGAAGGGCUCCAUCAAGCGCACCAAGAGUCAACCCAAACUGGACCGCAACUCCAGCUUCAGGCAUAUUCUGCCAGGCUUCCGCAACGUGGACAAUGACAGAUCUCAUCUGAUGCCAAGGCUGAAGGAGUCUCGCUCCCAUGAGUCACUGCUCAGUCCCAGCAGCGCUGUGGAAGCUCUGGACUUAAGCAUGGAGGACGAGAUCAUCAUCAAACCCGUGCACAGCAGCAUCCUCGGCCAGGACUACUGCUUCGAGGUGACGACCUCCUCGGGGAGCAAGUGCUUUUCCUGCCGUUCGUCAGCCGAGAGGGACAAAUGGAUGGAGAACCUGAGGAGAGCCGUGCAGCCAAACAAGGACAACAGCCGGCGGGUGGAGAACAUGCUGCGACUGUGGCUCAUCGAGGCCAAGGACCUCCCCGCCAAGAAGAAAUACUUCUGCGAGUUGUGCCUGGACGACGCGCUGUACGCCCGCACCACCUGCAAGCUCAAGACGGACAACGUUUUCUGGGGCGAGCACUUUGAGUUCAACAACCUGCCGGCGGUGCGCAACGUCACGGCGCACCUCUACAAGGACACGGACAAGAAGAAAAAGAAGGACAAGAACAACUACGUGGGAUUGGUCAGCAUUCCCGUGGCCACGGUGAGCGGGCGGCAGUUUGUGGAGAAGUGGUACCCGGUCAGUACGCCCAACCCCGCCAAAGGCAAGGCGUCGGGACCCAUGAUCCGAAUCAAGGCCCGCUACCAGAGCAUGAACAUCCUCCCCAUGGAGAUGUACAAGGAGUUCGCCGAGUACACCACCAACAACUACAUGCUGCUUUGCUCCGUGCUCGAGCCCGGCAUCAGCGUCAAGAACAAGGAAGAGAUGGCUUGCGCGCUGGUUCAUAUUCUGCAGAGCACCGGCAAAGCCAAAGACUUCCUGACGGACCUGAUGAUGUCGGAAGUGGACCGCUGCGGGGAGAACGAGCACCUGAUCUUCCGCGAGAACACGCUGGCCACCAAAGCCAUCGAGGAGUACCUCAAACUGGUGGGCCAGAAGUACCUGCAGGAUGCUCUUGGCGAGUUCAUAAAGGCUCUUUACGAGUCUGACGAAAACUGCGAGGUGGACCCGUCCAAGUGCUCGUCGGGGGAGCUCCAGGAGCAUCAGAGCAACCUGAAGAUGUGCUGCGAGCUGGCCUUCUGCAAGAUCAUCAACUCGUACUGCGUGUUCCCGCGAGAGCUGAAAGAGGUGUUCGCGUCGUGGCGGCAGGAUUGCGGCAACCGCGGCCGGCCGGACAUCAGCGAGCGGCUGAUCAGCGCCUCGCUCUUCCUGCGCUUCCUGUGCCCGGCCAUCAUGUCGCCGUCGCUUUUCAACCUGAUGCAGGAAUACCCCGACGACCGCACGGCGCGCACCCUCACGCUCAUUGCCAAGGUCACGCAGAACCUGGCCAAUUUUGCCAAGUUCGGGAACAAGGAGGAGUACAUGUCCUUCAUGAAUCAGUUCCUUGAGCAUGAGUGGAGCAACAUGCAGCGCUUCCUGCUGGAGAUCUCCAACCCGGAGACCAUCUCCAACACGGCCGGCUUCGAGGGCUACAUCGACCUGGGCCGCGAGCUCUCCACGCUGCACUCCCUCCUCUCCGAGGUGGUCUCCCAGAUGGACCAGAGCGCCACCUCCAAGCUUGGACCUCUGCCGAGGAUUUUGCGGGAGGUCAGUGUGGCGCUGAGCAACCCGUCCAGCGUCCACGCACCGCCCGCCGGGUCGCCGGAACAGACGAGCUCGUCGCCCGGCGAGGCCGGCUGCAGCAUCUCCACGGGGCUGCAGAAGAUGGUCAUCGAAAACGACCUCGCGGGAUUGGUCGAUUUCACGCGGCUGCCCUCCCCCACCCCUGAAAACAAGGACCUAUUUUUCGUGACGAGAAGCUCGGGGAUCCAGCCUUCCCCGGCACGCAGCUCCAGUUAUUCGGAGACCAACGAACCAGAUUUGGGCAUGCCCAACAGCAGCAAGAGUCUGUCCAUGGUGGACCUGCAAGACCCCCGCAGUCUGGAAGGCGGUCCAAGUUCCGGCCCCUCGGACGCUUUAGCUGAAGUUUCAACGGGUGGCUGGGCCGCCAGGGUGCCGCAGUGCAACGUCCCCGGAGGUCCCAACAUGAGGCGGCCCGGCCAGACCCCGACCACCCCGAGCACGGAAAGCGCUCCGGGCCGACCCGCCCAGCUACUCGCCCCGCUGUCCUUCCAGAAUCCGGUCUACCAGAUGGCCACCUGCCUUCCGGUGUCCCCUCGGGGUCUUACCGACUCGGGCUCCGAGUGCCACAGCUCGGUCAGCUCCCACAGCAACAAUGAGGACGGCCCGCCCGGCGGGAAACUCCCCUUCCUGAAUCACGGCGGCGGGAGCAGCGGCGACGAAUACGCCAGACGCUCGGGCGAGUUCACGCGCCGACAGCUGUCCCUUACGGAGGCUCAGCACCAGCCCGCCGUCCCCCGGCAGAACAGCGCCGGGCCCCAGCGACGGAUAGACCAGCCACCGCCGCCCCAGAGCGUGACGCGGGGCCGCACGCCGCCCGGUCUGCUCAACAGCGGCCCCUACGCCCGGCCCGGCUCGGGCGGCGGCAUCAUGACCUCGUCGCCGGACUGGCCCAUGGGCGGCGGCGGCGCCCGCCUGCGCCAACAGUCGUCCUCGACCAAGGGGGACAGUCCUGAGACCAAGCAGAGGGCGCAUCACAAACAGGCCCCCUCCCCCGUGAACCCCAGUGCGCUGGACCGCACGGCAGCGUGGCUUUUGAAUAUGAAUGUGCAGUAUUUAGACCAUGAGACCACGGAGCACGACUCACUGAGGCACAGAGAGGAUCUGACGCAGGUGCAGAAGUACCAGCAGGAGAUCGCGCUGCUGCAGGAGAAGCUGCGGGCCUCCGUGCAGAAGCUGGAAGAGUACGAGGCCCGUCUCAAGGGUCAGGACGAGCAGGCCCAGAAAGUCCUGAUGGAGUACCAAGCCCGGCUGGAGGAGUCCGAGGAGCGUCUGCGCCGGCAGCAGGACGACAAGGACCUUCAGAUGAAGGGCAUCAUCAGCAGGUUAAUGUCGGUGGAGGAGGAGCUGAAGAAAGAUCACUCGGACAUGCAGGCGGUGGUGGACUCCAAACAGAAGAUCAUUGACGCGCAGGAGAAGCGCAUCGCAUCUCUGGACGCGGCCAACACUCGUCUGAUGAGCGCCCUGACGCAACUGAAGGAGCGCUACAGCACGCAGUCGCGCAACGGCAUCUCGCCCACCAACCCCACCAAGCUGCAGAUCACCGAGAACGGUGAGUUCCGCAACAGCAGCAACUGUUAGACGGCAAAACAAAGUCAAAGCGGGACCUACGAGAGAAACGUUUUCUUCACACCUACGGGAAGGGACGAUCCGGACCCCGAACGGGGCCGACUUGGAAGGGUCAAGGUUCGCCGGAUGGUCGCAGCUUGUACAAUGCGUACGUACAAAAAGACAACCGGGGGGACGAACCACUACGUCUUUUUUUUUUCUUUUUUUCAACGACUACUUAGCACUCCAGUCGCUUGGCUAGCGUGUUAGCUUCAAGUUUGUAAAGAACCGACCGGGAGCUAAAAAUGACCUCUCAGCCGCACGGACUGAACUGGCAGUGCACUUUGUGAAAGCUUGGUACAUGCAACGCCUUAAAGCUAAGGAUGGCGACUUUAUUCCACAGCUCCCGAUUUCUGCAAAAACUUUAAAGAAGCGAGGAGAAAAAAAAAAAAAUAAAGGCACAAUUAUAUUCUGUGGAUUUGUAAAGGAUAGAGCUUGUACAAACGUAUGUGUAAGAUGUAAGUAAAUGAGAUUUAUGUGAUACUAUAUUGAUGCAAUUUAAUAUAGAUGUAUGCAUUUCUUUUUUGGGGGGGGGGGGCUUCUAGACUACACACACACACAUGUGGGGGCGGCUAUAUUUGAUAAUGUCAAAGGUAAAAAGCAGACUUGUAUUUAGGAGUUUUAUUUUUAUGCGUCCAAAAAUAUGACUGACGAGAGCGCGCAGGUUUUCUUGCAGCAGCUGGAUGUUGCGAUGACGGACGGAUGUGCUAUACACUGGACUGACUGGCCAGGCCACCGAGGAACGGACCGUUUCUUACCCGUCUGAGAUUUUCCGCUGCAAAAAUGGGAUUGGUUAAGGCAGAGUCUUUUACUUAGCGCUUGGUUGAAUAUGGCCUGAUUACCCUUCAAACCAUACCACUAAACCUCCAAACCAUACUGUCAACUUUUAGCUCCUGUAGAACCCAACGUAAAGCCUCAUACCCAGUUUUAUCCUUGACAUGAGUAGAAAAUCAAAAAUGUGAAGUGGUUUUGUUGAAUUUUCUUUCCGGGCUUGACCUGAAAAGAUGUUUCCAACCCAUUGAGCGAAAUUGGAUCAUUGAUCAGCGUGAAAGUGUAAAAAACAAAAAAUGUUGAUAUUCAUUUUGACAGUAAUUACCGUAAUUUUCGGACUAUAAGUCGCACCGGAGUAUAAGUCGCACCAGCCAUAAAAUGCCCAAAAAGUGAAAAAAAAAACAUAUGUAUAUAAGUCGCUCCUAAGUAUAAGUCAUCCCCCACCCAAACUAUGAAAAAAAACCGCGAUUUAUAGUCCGAAAAUUACGGUAUUAUAUUAUUUUUUAACCUCGCGCUCAAUCUCUGCUGUAUGGUCAUCCUGGGUGUUGUAAAUACAAACUAGCACCGCGAGCAGCCAAAACAAGACGGGCCCUUUUUUGUGUGCGUCAGUGGGGGGGGUCACAUUGUUGAGAUUGAGAUUGGCCAGCACAAUCGUGGCUUUCUCAUGGCUCAGAGGUCUAUGCACUUUUACGUUAAGUGGCUAAUGUAAGCUUUGUUUUUUUAUGUGUUAACUAAAGAAAAGGGAGCGCUAGGACUGUGGUUGUUAUUUGUAAAACAUCCAAAUACCGAGCUAAGAGACUAUGCAGCUUUUUACGCCACCUUGUUUUUUUUAAACAUCAGUCGAGCAUUAUGAGAUUUCACUAAAACUAUAAGAUCCUCGUUCAAGACCAUUUCUUUUUAUUCAAGUGACUUUUUUCUCUUUUAUUUUAUUUUUUUCUACUUGGACAACAUGACUGUAAUGCCCAAGGAGGGGAAAUAUUUUUGAAACUCCUAAAAAAACUAUUUUUUAAACUAUUUUUGGUGCCAGAGCUUAAUAGGCAAAUAUAAGACAUAUUACUAUGAAAUAGAUAUUUUCAAACCACCUAAUUCCACUUGCUCUCCUCAGGACUUUUUUUUUACCACCUCAGAUUUUUUUAUUUGCCUAAUAUAUCAAAAAUAUUUAGGAAUGAGUGAUCAACAUCUAUUGCAUUAUCUAAUUUAUUCUUAUUAACUGUAGAUAUGGCUACCAUUCAAAUCUUUUUCUUUUUUUUAAAUGCACAUCCUGGCAUUUUGGUGUGCCAAACAUUUACAUUGUUAGCUCGGUGGCCCAAAAGUUGCAUAGUCUCUCAUUCAAAUAAUAAUUAAAAAAAUACGAGUCCAAAAGUCGCAAUGCUGUCUUAGAUGCUGCUUUCAUAGAUGAAAGACACGCCUCUUUCUUUUUAUUUGAAAAUAGCCUCCACUAUGCUAGGCUAGGCUAGGCUAAGUUAACACAGCCGAGUUUACAGUCAGGAGAAGCUCGAAGAUGAAUCAGCUAUAAAUACAGCAAAAAAUGUUGUAUGUUUUCUAUGAACCUGUAGAAAAUACUUUUUGUAAGUAUGUUGAAAGUAUUUGUUGAAAUUUGUUCUUUAUUAGGCUUUUUUUUAUUUUUCUUUUGUCAUUUUACUUUUUGGCGGCAAAACGUGACAAAACAAUAAUGUACAGAGAACCUUGUGUUGUCCAAAUGUGGCCGUGCAACGUAUGUACAUUUGCAACAAGACCUAUUAUUAAAGUUUUAUUUAGCUAUAUCAAGAA